GAGCGUUGAGAUUCUCCGCCAGUCGCGAUCUUCACCUUAACUAAACAGGGUCAGUAUGGGUUCAGCGUCUAGUUUACUGGAUGAAAAAAGAGCCAACUACUUAAAAGGGCAAGUGGAUGCAAGAUUUAAUGAGUUCGCAACAAUUUAUAGGAAACAAUAUUUUCUAGCCUUCCUGUCCCACGUUCAGGAUGAACUUCAGCAACACAAAGAGCAACACACAAAGCUCCUCAAUCAAAAGAAUCCUUUAGAGCCGGGAACAGUCCUGUAUGAAGAGAAUCUAAUGUUCUUUGAGGAUGGCAAAAGGUGGAAACACAGAUUCGUGGUGGUGCGAGCCAAUUACAUCUUGGAGUGUCAUAAGAGCUACAAGGCAUUCAUGAAAGGUUACCCUCCGCUGCUCAGGCUAGUGCCUACAGGGGGCACUGUAUUCACUUCAGAACAGAAAUAUAUGGAGAUGCUGGACCAGUGUUGCCCUUUCACUAGCAAUGUCAAGGGAGAUUUUGUGCCUCUUGAGGAAAGCAUGCCAGGACAGUACCCACUUUAUCUCAGACUUCCGUACCGUAAGGAUCACUAUUUCUGUCUCUACAAAGAAGACCAGCAAACGGAAUUCCUCUCCAUCUUAUCAGAUUGCAUUCGCCACCAGAACAAAGACUUUCUCAAGAAGAAUACGUGUGAGGUUAAGGCCUUUCUCAAAGCUCUUCAGUUCUACAGGCAGGAGAAGGGCCAGUAUGAAUCAUGGGAUAUGCUCAUAGGCAGUGAUGUACGGGUGCUUGCUAAUCUGUUCAUGGAGGACCUUAUGCCCUAUCUGGAGACAGAAUUACAGCCGUUUCUGAAGACCAGGAAGACAGACAGGAGGAGAAUCUGGUUUAUGACAAUGGAAGCCGCUUAUUUUCGAAUGAAUGAACAUCUACUGGAGAGGCUGAACACAUUGAAGAAGGAAUGCAAAGACAUGGUGAAAGAGAAGGAGGUGUUCAUGCGCUCCGACAUGGAUCAGAUCAUCAGCUCCAGAGCUUUUCUGGAGGGCAAACUCAAAGCAAUGGUUGCUGAGCCAGCAACAAAAUACUGCGCAGAGCACGUGCAGCCGUACCUGCCAGCCGUCUUGGAGGAAGUGAUGGUGCCCAUCAGUCUGGGCUUCACAGAGGCCCGGCAGCUGAGUGAGGGCAUGAUGGAACAACUGUGUGAGGACUUCCAGGAAAGUGAUCAGAGUGAGGAACUCCAACAGGCUCUGUUUAAAAUGAGUAUGGCUAAUUUACAGAGCUGUUAUGAGAAAGUAAGCAAACUGUCAGAUCACAUCCAAGAACUACAGCCAACCUUCAACUACCCUGUCAAGGGUCUGCAGAACAGCACAGAGAUAGACAUAAAACAGUUGAUGGAGAAUGUCGAGUACACCUAUGAACUGCUUCUGAGAAAGGCCCUGGAGGACCCAUCCAUCAACUUCGGGACGGCCAUACAAAAGGCUUCAAACAGGGUUCUGAAGCAAUUUGACUAUGACAGUAGCACAGUGCGGAAGAAGAUCUUUCAAGAUGCACUGAUCAGCAUCACACUACCCAGCAUCAAGAAACAUUUAGCACCAUCCUUCAAAGAGGAGCUACCAAAAUUGGAGCAACACAUAUUUGCAGAUUAUUCAAACUUCAUCAAUGUGGAAAACGUGUAUGAGGAUGUUCUCCAACAGAUACUGGAAAAGGAAGUCCUCUUGGUGGUCAAUGAAGCCGCCAGCAAAAAGAAAUACAACCUGCUUACAGAGAGCAGAUACAAUUUCAGUCUCUCCAGCCUGUCUUCCACUCCUCCCAACAGCCCAGGAUACUUAAAGAGCUCCCCAAAUCCCAGCACAGCCCUUCCGCCCUACCCGUUACUGAACAAUGGCCUGAAAGCGAGCCGAACAUUCAGCGGUGAACCGGAGCAGGAGAUGAAGGGGGUCGGUCAGUCCUCCCUAAAGUCCAAAAACGCUCAGCCUAAUACAACACUGAGUCAAGAUCUGCCAAAAUCUGCACCUGUCACGGUCAAAGCUGAUGUGGGACAGAAUAAGACACUUUUGGACGAGAAUGUUGAUGAUGUGUUUGUCACUGCUGAUGAGAAAACAACUAAACAGACAGCGACCUCUAUGAACACUUCAGCUGAGACCAGACCAGAGCUUAUAACAGAUGAUUUGGUCAGUUCUGGUCCCAUCGGAAAGGUAACCGAAGCCCUACAACAGGCUGCUACUUCCAGAACGAAAGAAGCUAAUGUACCUACAGCAGUAAUCAGCCCUGUUAAUGUGACCUCCAGCUCUGGAGGUGAGGCUGAGCUCACAGCGCCCCCUGCUGGAGAGGAGGACAACAUCAGCCCAAUUGCGGUUUGUUUACCUAUUAAAAAUGCAGGUGUUAAUAAAAUGGAUGAUGCUGAUGACAUCAUUGAAAAAUUAUCAGGCAGCCAACAAAUCAUCAAUCCAGAAAUAUCAUCAUCAGACCCAGUCAAGGAAGCCAAACCCCUGGACUGUGUGCAAGAGAUCCGGGAUCUUGUAGUGGAGGUCACUGAAAUAGAGGAGAUCAUUCAGCCCUCAAAAGACAAUGAGGAAAGCAUUCAGAAAACGUUGUCUAAAGAUAAUGAAGAAAACAUUCCCAAAAUGUUGUCCGAAGAUCACGAGUCUGUGGUUUAAGUUUCCAAUUCUGG